AUGCCAGCUCUACUGGAAGACCCCUCUACCCGCAUCCCCCCACCACAAGCACACACCAGCGCCGCAUUAACGAUCACCCCACGCCAAACAACUCUCCCCAAAGCUGAAAAUGCCGGCGUUACCUUGUAUCCAAUUACCAAGGGACCAGGGAGUAUUCCUGCGGAUCUGAGUGCAUUUUUGCAUGCCGAGUUCAGCGCCGAGAUUGAGCGUGGCGCGACGUAUCCAAUGGAACAGGCCAUGGCCAUGGAUCAGUUCCGGGAUUAUUGGUUUGGGACUUUUGCGGUUGUCGCGGUGUUGGAUGAAGAGGGGGCAGCUUUUGGCGAUGGGUUGAGGGAGGGGAGGAGGUGGGAGGAUGUUUGCUUGGGGACGUUUUAUAUUAAGCCGAAUUAUCCUGGCCGCUGCUCGCAUAUCUGUAAUGCGGGUUUCAUGACUACCAAUGCAGCUCGCGGUAAGGGUGUUGGACAAGUCAUGGGCGAAACAUAUCUCGAAUUUGCGCCUCAAUUGGGAUACACUUACUCCGUCUUCAACCUGGUCUUCGCUAACAACCCAGCCUCCAUCCGGAUCUGGGAGAAGCUUGGAUUCAAUGUGAUUGGACGGGUGCCCAAGGCCGCACGCCUGGCCAACAGUGAAGAACUGGUCGAUGCAUUGAUUUUUGGAAGGGAGCUUGGGAACUGA